AUGAAGGUUGUGAUUAAAUAUUAAUCCAACAUAUAUAAUAUAUAGGGUCUUUAAUAUAUGUGAUGUAAUAUAGUCAGUAUUCAUUGGUGUUAUGAUGAUGGAAUUACAUAUUAUAACCGUUUAUCAUUGCUUGGUGCUCCCCUACAGGUAAUCAUUGAGCGGUAUAAGGGAGAGAAGCAGCUGCCUGUGUUGGACAAGACAAAGUUUCUUGUCCCAGACCAUGUCAACAUGAGCGAGUUAGUGAAAAUAAUCAGGUAAGACCAUUGAGUCAUGACAUAAUGAGGUUUGGAUUUGAUGACAUGAUGGUAGUCAAUGGGCAACAGAGUCAUGGUCACGAAAACCCAGAGUGUCCCAUUAGGCAAUCGCUUGGUUGCCUCACACCUCGAACCUGAAUGUCUAUUUACGGUGAGAUCAUUUCAACACCUUAAACACUUUGCCUUUCUCUCCCAUAAUGUAAAGCAGUGUACUGACUGUUCAAUUAGUGUGUCCUUUAGUCGGCGCAUUCUCUCAAAGUCUGGAAGGGAACUGCGUAUGUGCCUGUAUCCCCAGUCUCAUGUAGACGAGAUUGUUUACUUGUCUGGAGUGUGUCACCCAGAGAGGGGGGCGAGCCACAUUGUGCCAAGAAUUGGUGCACACACUGACCCUGACUUCUGCUGGCAACACUCUUAAACACUCUAGCACCAAAAUACACUCUGUUAUCAUUGGGAGAGACUCUCUUCCUGUCUUGUGCUUGUCUCUUCAUAUUACAGCCAUAUCAUUGACGUGGGGAGAGAGGGGGUAGACCUUAACUGUUGCAGCACUGCUCUGUGUGGCACCGACUAUUGCAGAAAAAUACUUAACUAAACCUAUGCCAUGUUGUGUAGUGUAAAUAGUAACAAAUUAGUCAUUUUACAGUUUCCAUGUUGAGUUGUUUAGUAGUCUCUAGACAGACGGGUUGCCUCCCACAAUGUACCAUUGAGCACAGUUACCUGCACACAAUAAUACGAUUUUUGUCAAACAAUUGUUUUACCAUUUCCUGCAUUCUACACUUUCUUUAAAGGGGGUAUCCAUAUUUAUGAACAUAGCAAUUUUACUAAGGUUCUGCCACAAUAAAUUAUAUUGAACUCGAGUACUUGAAUUUAAAAAAAGUAUAUUUUUAUAACACACAAAAAAAAAAUUGCGCAUUUAUCUAGGCCUAAAUGCCAACAAUGUGCAACAAGGCCACAUUUUUCAUAACCAUUACAGAUAACAAAUCCUAAUUGCUAAAUUGCCACAUGCAUUGCAUUCGGAAAGUAUCCAGACCCCUUGACCUUUUCCACAUUUUGUUACGUUACAGCCUUAUUCUAAAAUUGAUUUUUUUUUUUUACUCCCCUCAUCAAUCUACACACCAUACCCCAUAAUGACAAAGCGAAAACAGGUUUUUAGAAAAUGUUUGCUAAUUUAUAAAAAAAAUAAUACUAAAAUAGCUUAUUUACAUGAGUAUUCAUACCCUUUGCUAGGAGACUCGAAAUUGAUCAUCCUUGAGAUGUUUCUUCAACUUGAUUGGAGUCCACCUGUGGUAAAUUCAAUUGAUUGGACAUUAUUUGGAAAGGCACACAUCUGUCUGUAUAAUGUCCCACAGUUGACAGGGCGGCAGGUAGCUUAGUGGUUAAGAGCACAGUGCCAGUAACCGAAAGGUCGCUGGUUCUAAUCCCCGAGCCGACUAGGUGAAAAAUCUGUCGAUGUGCCCUUGAGCAAGGCACUUAACCCUAAUUGCUCCUGUAAGUCGCUCUGGAUAAGAGCGUCUGCUAAAUGACAAAAUAAAAAUAAAAAUAAAAAAAUAAAAAAUGUCAGCGCAAAAACCAAGCCGUGAGGUCAAAGGAGUUGCCCAUAGAGCUUCAAAACAGGAUUGUGGGAGGGCACAGAUCUGGGGAAGGGUACCAAAAAAAUUCUGCAGCAUUGAAGGUCCCCUGAAAACAGUGGCCUCCAUCAUUCUUAAAUGGAAGAAGUUUGGAACCACCAAUACUCUUCCUAGAGCUGGCCACCUGACCUGACCAAACUGAGCAAUCGGGGGAGAAGGGCCUUGGUCAGGGAGGUGGAAGGGCCUUGGCCAGAGCUCCUCUGUGGAGAUGGGAGAACCUUCCAGAAGGACAACCAUCUCUGCAGCACUCCACCAUUCAGAACUUUAUGGUAGUGGCCCGACGGAAGCCACUCUUCAGUAAAAGGCAAAUGACAGCCCGCUUGGAGUUUGCCAAAAGGCACCUAAAGGACUAUGAGAAACAAAAUUCUCUGGUCUGAUGAAACCAAGAUUGAACUCUUUGGCCUGAAUGCCAAGUGUCAUGUCUGGAGGAAACCUGGCCCCAUCCUUACGUUGAAGCAUGGUGGUGGUGGCAGCAUCAUGCUGUGGGGAUGUUUUUCAGCGGCAUGGACCGGAAGACUAGUCAAGAUCGAGGGAAAGAUGAACGGAGCAAAGUACGGAGAGAUCCUUGAUGAAAACCUGCUCCAGAGCGCUCAGGACCUCAGACUGGGGCGAUGGUUCACCUUCCAACAGGACAACGACCCUAAGCACACAGCCAAGACAAUGCAAGAGUGGCUUCGGGACAAGUGUCUGAAUGUCCUUGAGUGGCCCAGCCAGAGCCCAGACUUGAACCCGAUCGACCAUCUCUGGAGAGACUUGAAAAUGACUGUGCAGUAACGCUCCCCAUCCAACCUGACAGAGCUUGAGAGGAUCUGCAGAGAAGAAUGGGAGAAACUCCCCAAAGACAGGUGUGCCAAGCUUGUAGCGUCAUACCCAAGAAGACUCGAGGCUGUAAGCGCUGCCAAAGGUGCUUCAACAAAGUACUGAGUAAAGGGUCUGAAUACUUAUGUAAAUGUGAUAUUUCAGUUUUGUAUUUGUAAUACAUUUACAAACAUUUCUAAAAACCUGUUUUUGCUAUGUCAUUUAAGGGGUAUUGUGUGUACAUUUGAUGAGGGGAAAAAAACGAUUUAAUCAAUUUCGCUGUAACGUAACAAAAUGUGGAAAAAGUCAAGGGGUCUGAAUACUUUCCGAAUGAUACACCCAUCUAGUACCGGAUCAGACCACCCUUUGCAUCCAGAACAGCCUGAAUUCUUCAGGACAUGGAUUCUACAAGGUGUCGGAAACGUUCCACAGGGAUGUUGGUCCAUGCUGACGCUAUGGCAUCACGCAGUUGCUGCAGAUUGGACGGUGGUAGAUUCAUGCUGCGAAUAGCCCAUUCCAUCUCAUCCCAAUUGGUAUCAAGGGACCAGGAACGUGUGCCAGGAAAACAUUCCCAAUUCCCAUUUUUAGCUGAUAGGAGUGGAACUCGGUGUCGUCGUCUGCUGCAAUAGCCCAUCCGUGACAAGGAUUAACGAGUUGUGCGUUCUGAGAUGCCGUUCCGGGAAACCACUGUUGUACUGAGCCGUUAUUUGUCUGUUUGUGGUCCGCUUGCAUGAUUCUUGCCAUUCUCCUUCGAGCUCUCUCAUCAACGAGCUGUUUUCGCCCACAACACUGCCGCUGACUGGAUGUUUUUGGUUUGUUGCACCAUUCUCAGUAAACCUUAGACAAUGUUGUGUGUGUGAAAAGCCCAGGACGGCGGCCGUUUCAGAGAUACUGGAUCCGGCAUGCCUGGCAUCGACGAUCAUACCACAUUCAAAGGUCACUCAUUUUGCCCACUCGAACGUUCAAUCGAACAGUAACUGGAUGCCUGUCUGCCUGCUUUGUAUAGCAAGCCACGGCUAUAUGACUCACUGUAUGUAGGAGCGAUCCAUUUUCGUGAAAGGGGUGAUUCAGUCAAUAAAAAAUAAGUGCCAUUUAAGAUUGAUUUAUUGAAACCGUAAUAAUAUAUCGUGGCACACAAUCUUCAAAAAGCCAGUAACCUCAGCAGCGGAGCUUGCUUGUAGAAGCCUAUGGCUGUGCAAUGGCAUGGCCUUGUUUUAUUAAUUUAGCAAACAAGAUGUUCUUAUUUCCAGAGGCCGUAUCACAGUCAAGACGCACCUGUUUUAUAGUAAGAAACAUAAUGUAAUAUAACAGAAUAAAAUAUAACAAUCUUUUUCCAAAUGAAAAGUUUGCAGUGCAUAGUGAUGCGCAAUCUAGUGUCUGGUAUAGUUAUUCUCAAAUAGUGAUAAUUUGAAACUUGGCUCAAUUUGGCGAGUUCAAAGACAAAUUUUUUCAGGGUUUGUAUUUGUAUUUAUUAUGGAUCCCCAUUAGCUGCUGCCAAGGCAGCAACUACUCUUCCUGGGGUCCAGCAGAAUUAAGGCAGUUAUACAAUUUUAAAAACAUUACAAUAAAUUCAUAACAGAUUUCACUACACACUAAGUGUGUGUCCUCAGGCCCCUACUCCACUACCACAUAUCUACAACACAAAAUCCAUGUGUGUGUGUGUAUGCAUGUGUUGCUUCACAGUUCCCGCUGUUCCAUAAGUAAAACUGACUAUCCUACCGAUCCUUGACUUCGGCGAUGUCAUUUACAAAAUAGCCUCCAACACUCUACUUAGCAAAUUGGAUGUAGUCUAUCACAGUGCCAUCCGUUUUGUCUCCAAAGCCCCAUACACUACCCACCACUGUGACCUGUACGCUCUUGUUGGCUGGUCCUCACUACAUGUUCGUCGUCAAACCCACUGGCUCCAGGCCAUCUAUAAAUCACUGCUAGGCAAAUCCCCGCCUUAUCUUAGCUCAUUGGUCACCAUAGCAGCACCCACCCGUAGUCUGCGCUCCAGCAGGUAUAUCUCACUGGUCAUUCCCAAAGCCAACACCUCCUUUGGCCGCCAUUCCUUCCAGUUCUCUGCUGCCAAUGACUGGAACGAAUUGCAAAAAUCUCUGAAGCUGGAGACUCUUAUCUCCCUCAAUAACUUUAAACAUCAGUUGUCAGAGCACCUUACCGAUCACUGCACCUGUACACAGCCCAUCUGAAAUUAGCCCACCCAACUACCUCAUCCCUAUAUUGUUAUUUAUUUUGCUCUUUUGCACCCCAGUAUCUCUAUUUGCACAUAAUCUCUUGCACAUCUAGCAUUCCAGUGUUAAUACUAUUGUAACUAUUUUGCACUAUAGCCUAUUUAUUGCCUUACCUCCAUAACUUGCUACAUUUGCACACACUGUAUAUAUAUUUUCUGUUGUAUUUUUGACUUUAUGUUUUUUACCCCAUAUGUAACUCUGUGUUGUUUUUAUUGCACUGCUUUGCUUUAUCUUGGCCAGGUCGCAGUUGUAAAUGAGAACCUGUUCUCAACUGGCUUACCUGGUUAAAUAAAGGUGAAAUAAAAUAAAAAUAAAAAUAAGGUGUAUUUUUUAAUCAGUUUUUUAAAUCGGAUUCUGCUGCUUGCAUCAGUUACCUGAUGUGGAAUAGAGUUCCAUGUAGUCAUGGCUCUAUGUAGUACUGUGUGCCUCCCAUAGUCUGUUCUGGACUUGGACUGUGAAGAGACCUCUGGUGGCAUGUCUUGUGGGGUAUGCAUGGGUGUCUGAGCUGUGUGUUAGUUAUUUAAACAGAUAGCUCGGUGCUUUCAACAUACCUCUCACAAAUACAAGUAGUGAUGAAGUCAGUCGCUCCUCCACUUUGAGCCUGGAGAGAUUGACAUGCAUUGGGUUACAAACCCAAAUCUGUCUUUAUGAUAUACAGACGUUCAAUUUAGUUUAAUCUGCCUGUUCUUUCGAAUUUUCUAAAUGAACAAUUCCACAUUGAACACUGCAUGGUGAUGAAUUACAGCAACAUCUGUUUGGUGAGUAAGCUUAGGCUUAAAAAAUACUCUUGAUCAAACUAAUGUUUUGGCAUAUUUUCAGUGUGGAAAGCUGUUUUAUGGGGGUUAUAGCCUAGCCCGAGGCUAACCAAUUCUAAAUGGAACUAGCAGUUCACAAAGUAGGCUAAGCGGAAAAUGGACGGGACGCAAUUAUUCCAAAACUGCAGCUUGUUGUUGGAACACACAUUGUCCUACUUCAAUCAACCAGUCCAUUUUGAAUUUCUGAUGAAACUGUCGUCAUUUGGCAAGUAAUGUAACUUGUGUGUCCCAUCAGUUAAGUUUUGAUAGGCAUGUAUUUCUGUAGGCCUAAUGUGAGCUUGUGUGUGCACUCAGGAUGCGGGUGUAGAGGGAGCGGUCGGAUUGCAAUUGAGUGAGAGACAUGGAGGGGAAAGGGAAUUUGGGGAGAGAACUGCGUGAUGCGUGGCUUAGUUUCUUUUUUGUUGAGCCCCGCAAAUGCACAUGUAGGUCGCUAACAUAUUGGCAAAAUUAUUUGUUAAAAUUAUUUUAACAUAUUGAACCAUGCAUAUAGCCUAUUCAUGGUCUACACUGAGUGCGCUUUCCAUGACCAAGAACUGCAACGAUGCUGGGUUUUUCAUUCUCAACAGUUUCCUUUGUGUGUAUCAAGAAUGGUCCUCCAGCCAACUGUGGGAGGCGUUGGAGUCAACAUGGGCCAUGAGUCGACUGUGGAAGGCUUUUGACACCUUGUAUAGUCCUUUCACCGACGAAUUGAGGCUGUUCUGAAGGCAAGGGGGUGGUGCAACUCAAUAUUAGGAAGGUGUUUUGUACACUCAGUGUAUAUUAUCAUGUAUGCUAUUAGCAAUAAGCAUUAUCACCUGUAGCCCAGCUUAUGCAGACUUUAACCAGGGAGACUUAAAACCAUUCUACCGCACUUCUACCAACACGUCUCCUGCGCCACUAGGUGCGCUAAAACUCAACCACUUUUAUUCUACCCACAGAAACGCAUAUAAGGCCCUCCCUUGUCCUCCCUUCUUCAAAUCUGACCACGACUCUAUUCUCCUGUUUCCUGUUUACAAACAAAAGAUCAAACCGGAAGUACCAGUGACGCGCUCAGUACGGAAGUGCUCCUAUGAAGCAGAUGGAAGGCUACAAUACUUUUUUGCUAAUACAGACUGGGAUAUGUUCCGGGAUUCAUCCAAUAGCAUUGAGGAGUUUACCACAUCAGUCACAGGCUUCAUCAAUAAGUGCAUAGACGACGUUGUCCCUAAAGUGAGUACACAAACCAGAAACCAUGGAUUACAGUAUCCGCGCUGGGCUAAAGGCUAGAGCUACCGCUUACAAGGAAUGGGACCCGGAAGUGGACGCAUGCAAGAAAACCCGCUACGACCUCCGAGACAUAAAACAUGCAAAAAGACAAUAUAAAAGGGAGGUGGAAUCCUAUUACACUGGCUCCAACGCUCGUCCAACGCUCGUCCAAGUCAAAAAGUGCAGUCGUUUUGAGACCUUCCUCACUGACUGCUCCACGUGUCUCACCACUGAGGUUAGAGUCUAGAUAAAAACCAAGAUACUUGGUUGUUGUUACCACUGGUAUUUCCUGUCCUAGGAUUAGUGGUGCAGGUUGUGGAUGGUCUCUAGAAAAACAUAUCCUCCAAACCCAUGGAAGUGUCCUCUUGGAUGCUGGGUAAUGGUAUGGCUCGGGACAGCCCUACAUCAUCUGCAUACCCAGUGUCACUGAAGACAACUUUUCGGGUGGACAUGUGAAGGAUAAACAGAUGGUGAAGCCACGCCCCCUUGUGGCACACCAAGGUGACCUCUGACCAAGGGCUAAAUGUGCCAUUUGCCAUCAUCCUCUGCCUUCUUACGGUGGUAUAGCUGUGGAGCCAGGCUAGUAACCUUGGACACUGCUUAAAGUGGUCCUAUGGACAGAUACUCCAAUCUCCGCUGUGGAGCUUUGCAGCUCCUUCAGGGUUAUCUUUGGUCUAUUUGUUGCCUCUGAUUAAUGCCCUCCUUGCCUGGUCCGUGAGUUUUGGUGGGCGGCCCUCUCUUGGCAGGUUUGUUGUGGUGCCAUAUUCUUUCAAUUUUUUAAUAAUGGAUUUAAUGGUGCUCCGUGGGAUGUUCAAAGUUUCGGAUAUUUCUUUGUAACCCAACCCUAAUCUGUACUUCUCCACAACUUUGUCCCUGACCUGUUUGGAGAGCUCCUUGGUCUUCAUGGUGCCGCUUGCUUGGUGGUGCCCCUUGCUUGGUGGUGCCCCUUGCUUAGUGGUUUGCAGACUCUGGGGCCUUUCAGGACAGGUGUGUGUGUGUGUGUGUGUAUAUAUAUAUAUAUAUACUGAGAUCAUGUGACACUUAGAUUGCACACAGGUGGACUUUAUUUAACUAAUUAUGUGACUUUUGAAGGUAAUUGGUUGCACCAGAUCUUAUUUAGGGGCUUCAUAGCAAAGGGGGUGAAUACAUAUGCACGCACCACUUUUCCGUUAUUCAUUUUUUUUUUAAACAAGUUAUUUUUUUCAUUUCACUUCACCAAUUUGGACAAUUUUGUGUAUGUCCAUUACAUGAAAUACAAAAAAUCCAUUUAAAUUACAAGUUGUAAUGAAACAAAAUAGGAAAAACGCCAAGGGGGAUGAAUACUUUUGCAAGGCACUGUAAUUUACAUUAACAAUUUUACAGCUUUUGGCAGCGAUUACAGCAUUGUGUCUUUCUGGUUAAGUCUCUAAGUGCUUUCCACACCUGGAUUGUGCAACAUUUGCCUAUUUUAUUUUUUUCAGAAUUCUUCAAGCUCUGUCAACUUGGUGGUUGAUCAUUGCUAGACAACUAUUCUCAGGUCUUGCCAUAGAUUUUCAAAUAGAUUUCAAAUAAAUAGAAGUCAAAACUCCCAGUGUCUGGUGGAAAGCAGACUGAACCAGGUUUUCCUCUAGGAUUUUGCCUCUGCUUAGCUCCAUUCUGUUUUAUUUUUAUCCUGAAAAACUCCCCCAGUCCUUAACAAUUACUGCACACUCAUGACAUGAUCGUAAUUUUCGGUGCAACCUGUCCACCCGAAAUGAAAAGCAGCCACUGCUGUCGGAAGUCUUCGUUCUUCGGAAAAUAGUGUGACGUUAAAUUAACACAAUGGCAUCCAGUCACAACAGUGUGCUUUUACCGGCAUGCUGGUAAGGAGCUUGCCAGCUAAAAGUCACAACACAGAUGAAAAGGGGUAGUUAUCAGUAUCGUUUUGCCACGUUCUGCUUGAGCUAUUUUACGGUUUGUAAGCAAAGGCGUUUGAUGCGCACAUUUGAUGACAGUUUUAAGGCAUUACAUUACAUGAACUGAAAUCAGAAGAUUUCAGAAAUUUUCCAUACGCACAAAAAAUGUGUUUCUCACAAAUGUUGUGCACAAAUGUGUUUACAUCCCUGUUUGUGAGCAUUUCUCUGUUGCCAAGAUAAUCCAUCCACCUGACAGGUGUGGCAUAUCAAUAAGCUGAUUAAACAGCAUGAUCAUUACACAGGUGCACCUUGUGCUGGGGACAAUAAAAGGCCACUCUAAAAUGUGCAGUUUUGUCACACAACACAAUGCCACAGAUGUCUCAAGUUUUGAGGGAGCGUGCAUUUGGCAUGCUGACUGCAAGAAUGUCCAGCAGAGUUGUUGUCAGAGAGUGUAUUGGUAAUUUCUCUACCGUAAGCUGCCUCCGUCAUUUUAGAGAAUUUGGCAGUACUUCCAACUGGCCUCACAACUGCAGACCACGAUUAACCAUGCCAGCCCAGGACCUCCACAUCCGGCUUCUUCACCUGCGGGAUCGUCUGAGACCAGCCACCCGGAGAGCUGAUGAAACUGUGGGUUUGCACAACCGAAGAAUUUCUGCACAAACUGUCAGAAACCGUCUCAUGGAAGCUCAUCUGCGUGCUCGUUGUCCUCACCAAGGUAUUGACCUGACUGCAGUUUGCCGUCGUAACUGACUUCAGUGGGCAAAUGCUCACCUUCGAUGGCCACUGGCACGCUGGAGAAGUGUUUCAACUGUACCGGGUAGAUUGCAGUAUGGCAUCGUUUGGGCGAGUGGUUUGCUGAUGUCAACGUUGUGAACAGAGUGCCCCAUGGUGGCGGUGGGUUUAUGGUAUGGGCAGGCAUAAGCUGUGGUCAACGAACACAAUUGCAUUUUAUCAAUGGCAAUUUGAAUGCACAGAGAUACCGUGACGCGAUCCUGAGGCCCAUUGUCGUACCAUUCAUCCGCCGCCAUCACCUCAUGUUUCAGCAUGAUUAUGCACGGCCCCAUGUCGCAAGGAUCUGUGCAUAAUUCCUGGAAGCUGAAAAUGUCCCAGUUUUCCAUGGCUUGCAUACUCACCAGACAUGUCACCCAUUGAUCAUUUUUUGGGAUGCUCUGGAUCAAAUUGUAUGACUGUGUUCCAGUUCCCGCCAUUAUCCAGGAACUUCGCACAGCAAUUGAAGAGGAGUGGGACAACAUUCCACAGGCCACAAUCAACAGCCUGAUCAACUCAAUAGAUUAGGGCCUAAAUUAUUUAUUUCAAUUGACUGGGUGCCAAUAAUUCUAACCUGUAUCUUUUUAAGAAAAUAAAUAUUUAUUGUUCUCUGAGCAAUUGUAUUAGUAUAAAAAUGGAAUUUUCCAAAUGUUUUGAACAUACACUAUAGUUCAGUAUUUGUAUUUAUGUUGGUCUUUUUUGCUGAUCUUUAUCAAGGCUGCCAUAAUUUCGGACCUCACUGUAGUGCCUUCAGAAAGUAUUUACACCCCUUGACUAUUUCCACAUUUUGUUGUGUUACAGACCGAAUUUAAAAUGUAUUAAAUUGAGAUUUUGUCACAGGCAUACCCUCAAUACCCCAUAAUGUCAAUGUGGAGUUGUUUUUUGACAUUUUUAAAAAUGAAAAGCUGAGGGCCUCUGAGUGGCGCAGCGGUCUAAGGCACUGUAUUGCAGUAGUAGAGGAGUUACUACAGACCCGUGUUCAUUCCCGGGCUGUGCCACAACCGGCUGUGGCCGGGAGUCCCACAGGACGGCGCACAAUUGGCCCAGCAUUGUCCAGGUUAGGGGAGGGUUUGGCCGGGGGGGCUUUACUUAGCUCAUCGCGCCAUAGCGACUCCUUGUGGCGGGCCAGGUGCCUGCAGGCUGACCCCGGUCGCCAGGUGAACGGUGUUUCCUCCGACACAUUGGUGCGGCUGGCUUCCGGGUUAAGCUGGCGGGUGUUAAGGAGCGCGGCUAGGCGUUUUAUGUUUUGGAGGACGCAUGUCUCUCCCGAGCCCGUUGGGCAGUUGCAUUGAUGAGACAAGAUCGAAAUUGGGGAGAAAAAGUUUUUUUUUCCAAUACUGAAAUAUCUUUAGUCACUAAGUAUUCAACCCCUAUAUGGCAAGCCUAAAUACACUGAACAAAAAUAUAAACGCAACAUGAAACAAUUUGAAAAUAUUUUUGUGAGUUAAUAAGGAAAUCAGUCAAUUGAAAUAAAUUAAUUAGGCCCUAAUCGAUGGAUUUCACAUAACUGGGAAUACCUUUUUAAAAAAGGUAGUGGUGUGGAUCAGAAAACCAGUCAGUAUCUGGGGUGACCACUAUUUGCCUCAUGCAGCAUAGAGUUGAUCAGGCGGUUGAUUGUGGCCUGUGGAAUGUUGUCCCACUCUUCAAUGGCUGUGCAAAGUUUCUGGAUAUUGGCGGGAACUCGAACACAGCUGGUCUGAGACGAUCCCGUAAGUGAAGAAGCUUGAUGUAGAGAUCCUGGGCUGGCAUAGUUACACGUGGUCUGCGGUUGUGAAGCCAGUUGGACGCACUGCCAAAUUCUCUAAAAUGACGUUGGUAGAGAAAUGAACAUUCAAUUCUCUCACAACAGCUCUGGUGGACAUUCCUGCAGUCAUAAUGCCAAUUGCACGCUCCCUCAACUUGAGACAUCUGUGGCGUUGUUGUGUGACACAAUUGCUCAUUUUAGUGGCACAAGGUGCACCUGUGUAAUGAUCAUGCUGUUUUAAUCAGCUUCUUGAUAUGCCACACCUGUCAGGUGGAUGGAUUAUUUUGGCAAAGGAGAAAUGCUCACUAAAGGGAUGUAAACAAAUUUGUGCACAAAAUUUGAGAGAAAUAAGGUUUUUGUACGUAUGGAAAAUUUCUGGGAUCUUUUUUUAUUUCAACUCAUGAAACAUGGGACCAACAUGUUACAUGUUGUGUUCAUAUUUUUGUUCAAUAUAGUAAAAUCAGGUUUGUUUCAAUAUAAUUCUAACUUUUGUUUAGCAGUGUUAUGGACUCGAGUCACGACAUGGAACUUGAGUGUGACUCGAGUCACAUUUGAUGACUUGAGCCUCGAUUAGAAAAUGAAAUGACUUGACUUGGAGCCUCAAGACUCGGGACUCGACUGACAUGAGACUGAUGACUUGAAAUUAUCUGGCCAGGUUUUGUAAUGUUUUGUCGCUUUGUGGUACAGCGUCUCAAUGGAUUACUCUCCACGCAGCCAGACAGUUGCCGUAGCAUCGCCCUUCCAAAAUAAACGUCCAACAGAUUGGCUAGUGAAACACACACUCGGCCCUCUGAUUGGAACAGCAAACUGUCAUCCAACACAGAUCGGGUGAGCUAGCGAACAGAUUGCUGAUUUGCUGUACAGCUAUAGGAUCGGGUACAGUACAAACGUCAUUGUAGGGAGAGGGGAUUGCCAUAAUAAAUAAAUAUGCAGCUCCAAAAAUGGAUUGGUGAUCAAGAAUAUUAACUAUUUUCUUUGCCAACUCACCAGCAAUGGGGCACCAAGCAACAAUUACUAGCAUAUGCCUACUGUUCUUUUGGUAUGUCAAAAUUGCUUGAAAUAAUAAUUAAUAAUUAAUUUGCUUAUGAAGCUUGCGUUUGAAAUUUGAAAUUAAUUAUUACUUUGGCGAAGACGCACCAUAGGCACGUUUCUUCACUUGCGCUCUCCAAACUCCCGCCAGUGGAGAGUGCUUUGUUCUCUUGUUGAAAUGUUUGCUGUUGUUUUUCACACGUGUAAAUGCAUAUGUGGUAAAUCUAUAUUCCCUCUAAUCCUACAAUAAUUGCUAGCAUUUCAUCCGUAAACCGUUUAUUGCAACUUAGACAUUUCUGAGUAAGUUUAUUUAAUUAAAUGUAUGGUUUCCUUUGUUCAUAUUUCCCGGGUUAUGUCGGAGUGCUGUGUGUCUGUGUCCUAUGUCUCUGUCAUUCUGGUUGUGCGUAAUAGGAGUGUGCAAGCCUCCGUGUGCAUAGAAAUAGGCUUUGUGGCCUGCGCGCCACGCUUUGGCGUCAGUACAUCGAAUAAGAGAAAAUUGUUCCAUGUGAAGAAAUGUCAUUAAUAAUCAUUAAGUCUGAUUAAGACGAAUGUAACAAUGGAUGUGGAAAUUGCCUUUUUAUAUUGAAGAACCAGUUUAUUGGUUGUAAUUGCCAAUUGGGUAAUUGUAUGGUCCUGGGAGGGGAGAAGUGCUUAUAUGUACCUGUUUGAGCUCCUGUUAGACAGAUUUGGUUUUUCAAGGGGAGGCUGUGCAGUCUUGCUCUCUACCUGUGUCCAUUCAGAUAGGACAGGUUACAGGGAUAGUUCACCUAGAUUACAAAAUGACACAUUGGUUUCCAGUCUAUGGAUAAUGUAUGAUAGCAAUUCAUCCUUUGGUUUAGUUUCCAUGGCACUGUUUCUAACGUUUUAGCAUUUGUGGCACAAAUCCCAUUCAAGUAAUGGGAGCGAUAUUAGAAAUGUUUGCGCAUCAUGUACAAAUCAUCAAAGGAUCUCAAAUUGACUGUGAAUCUCAGUCACUUAUAGAUUAUUUGAACAUGAUGCUCGAAAAAUGCUAAUAUCGGUCCCAUGACUUGAAUGGGAUCUGUGCCACAAAUGCUAAAACGUUAGCAUGUGAAAACAGUCCCAGGGAAACCAAACCAAAGCAUGGAUUGCUGUCAUACCCUGUCCAUAGACUGCUUACAGGUUAAGGAAACAAUAUUUUAUUUUGAAAUUUGGUGGAACUAUCACUUUAAGCCUGAUACAGAGGCUUCUUUUAGGCAAUUGCCUGUGUAUAUUUUGUAUGUUAUGGCACUUUCACCAUUGGAUCACCAAGACCUGUAAAUAAAUCUACACUGAGCACGUCAACUUGCCUUGCUUUGUGCUGAUUUCAUGCCCGUUUUCAUGCCCGUUGUCCUUAUUUUACAAUUACAUAAUCAAAAUGUGUUGUAGACAAAAUAAUAAAGGGCUGUCUGGUAGCCUCAGUAAAUAGACAAAUAUUUGUAGUUGAACUCAAGACUCAAGACCGUUCUAUUUGGGACUCGACUUGAGACUCUGACCUUUUGACUUGACUUUCUUGUGACUCGAACAAUAGUGACUUGGUCCCACCUCCUUUGUUCAGUCUGUUACACAAACUAACAAUCACGGUACCUAUAAUUUUAAUUCAGUGCAUCUAUUGCUAAUUGUUGAAUCCUCAAUAAAGCGAUGCCCUGAUGCUUGUUAUUGACCCGCUGCUUUAAGGUAGACAUUUAAUCUGAUGCCAAUUAUAGUAAUGCUAUUUGUGGGGUUGUAAACUUGCUUGCAUGAAAUGCUUGCCUCUACUCAGAAUAAACAACCCUGCAACACCUCCAGGUGGUUCAAGCUAAAAGAUGGGUCAUAUUCAUUAGGCACCAAAUGGACUGAAACAGGGAAGGACUACCUGUACUUGUUGAAUAACAACUGCUUGUUUUCAUUUUACUACAGUGUGCCCUAAUGAUUGUGACCAUGGUUUAGUGACCAGCCCUGACCCCCAGUAUCCCCAUUCCCUUCCAGGCGCCGGCUGCAGCUCAACCCCACGCAGGCCUUCUUCCUCCUGGUCAACCAGCACAGCAUGGUGAGCGUCUCCACGCCCAUCUCCGAGAUCUACGAGCAGGAGCACGACGAGGACGGCUUUCUCUACAUGGUUUACGCCUCUCAGGAGACCUUUGGCUGCUAG